GGAACAAGGAAGAGAAGGAGGGGAGGGGGAAGGAAGAGGGAGCGAACGAGAGGGAGAUUCACAGGAGAGCUCAGCCGGGACGGAAGGGGGACUCCAGUCUGAAUGGGCCCAGCGGUGCCUUGAUGGAGCAUGGGACAGGUUCUAGGAUUCUCUCACUGCAAGGAAUUUGGUUCAGUCUCCUCAACACCUGACUCCUCUCCUCCCUGUACUGACGGUGGGAAUGAGGAGUCGGACUUCCCGGAGCUGCAGACCGCGCGGGAGUGGUCUGACGAUGAGUACGGGGGUGAGGAUGAUGAAGGGGGGACCAGCAGCCCGUCGGUGUGGGGGACCCCGAGACAGAACUCCUUCGAGCUCACCUUCUCCUACUUCACCAUCCCCGAGUCGGAGGGGGGCGGGGCCUCCCGGCGGGACUCCGCGGGAGGGGGCCGUCGGAGGGGCGGGGCCCGGGCGGGGCGGGUCUCACUGAACCGCGUGGACACGGAUGAGAGCCUGGUGCCCGCCGAAUCUCCCGAACUGGAGUGGGAGCAGCAUGCCUUCCUGUCGGGGGAGGAGGAGGAGGAGAGGGAGGAUGCGGAGGAGAAGGAGGAGGGGGGAGAGAGGGAGGUGCCCCAACAGCCAUCCCAACAGUCAUCCCAACAGCUACCUAGCCAAGAACUCACAACCCAGCCCCUGUCUCAACCCAGCCUAGAACUGACAACCCAGCCCCUGUCCCAACCAAGCCUAGAACUGAAAACCCAGCCCCUGUCCCAUAGCUGUGAUCCAGAGCCUCUCAGCAGUGGUCGGGGCAGCCCAAGCAGAGAGGAAGAGGAGCCCUCAGGCUCCGAACAUUGCAACCAAAAAGACAGCUUCACAGCAGACCCCCUUGUUGCUACGGAAACCACGACAGUGCCGCUCACGUCUGUGCAUCAGCCGGGAAGUGAGAUCACCAAGGCGACAUCAUCUGCCUCGACUUCUUCUAUUGGCCAGAACACUCAGGAAGAGCUAGACAGCGAGCAGCAUCUCUCAGCGUCAGACCUAUCAGAGUGUGGUGGGUGGUUCCUCGUGAUAUCAGUGACAGAUCUGAUAUACUGGCGGGACAUGGAGCAGACCGGCAUGGUUUUCACAGGGCUGGUGGUGGGCCUGCUGUCCCUCUUCCAGCUCAGCAUCAUCAGCGUGAUCUCCACCCUGUCCCUGGUGGCCAUGUGCUUCACCAUCGCCGUGCGCCUGUACUACAGGAUCCUCCACGCUCUGCAGUGGAAUGACGGCAAGCACCCCUUCCAGUCGUACCUGGAUCUGGACAUCACCCUGUCCGCGGAGCAGGCGGGCACCUACAUGGAGCGCUUCAUCGUCAUGACAACGUCCGCCAUCGCAGAGCUCAAGCGCCUCUUGUUCGUCAGCAGCCUGAUGGACUCUCUGAAGUUCCUGAUUCUGAUGUACCUGCUGACCUUCUUAGGAGACCUCUUUAAUGGCCUUACUCUUUUGAUCAUUGCUGUAAUCUGUCUCUUCUCCCUCCCACUCUUCUACAAGCAGCACCAGGCACAGGUUGAUGGCUUUUUGGCAAAAGUCAAAGGUAGUGUCGACAACGUCAAAGAUAUACUUCACAGACUGUUCCAUGGAGGCGGCCGCGCUCAUGAUUCUGACCCCGCACCCGGCGGUGCCAAACCAAAAACAAAAUGAAGAGAUGGCGGAAAAGAAAGGCGGGGCUACAGGCUGUCACUCACAUGUCUUAACCAGUAGCCUAUGGCUAGGGUUCCAGUCUGUGUGAUGGGAGUGGUGGGGGGGUUGGGUGGAUUAUGGGAGGGGCUGGUGAAUUGGUGGGUGCGGGGAGAGGGGAGGGAUCUGAUGUGGGGAUCUGAGUGUUGGAGUGAUAUUGUUGUUUUUUUCCAAAAAAAAGAGUUUUGAUGGGUGCCAUUUGAAACAGUGCUCUUCAUAAGCCUUGAACCGCCCGCUCGGGCAUCAACAGUGUUUCAGCUGGUAAAGUGAAGUGGAAAACUCCCAUCCAAUGAGGUGAGGCCUGACUAGUCCUCAUUGGCCAAUGGGUUUCUGUAGGUUUCACAGUGCAGAAGCCUCUUUGACGGUGACUGGUAAAGAUCCGGACAAUCGCCGGCCGCUGGACCUGCUGUUAUAAUAAUGACUUCAAUGAAGUAAUCGUGUGGUGAGCUUUAAGUACGGAACCUGCGAGCUCCCUGAAACCCAGGGUAACUGGAGUUGGCUCUUUCCUCACCAAGAACGCAAUUCGUGGGCUGAGUAACUGGGAAUCCCUGGAUCAGAGGUCGAGGAACUGGGGUUCAUUCCUCAGCCGCCCAGGGCAAAGUUUGAAUUUGAGGAGCAGAGUUUGGAUUUGCAGCACGCUGACCCUGUUACCCAAGAGUGCUAUUAAACUGCAUUGUUAUUUUC